AUGGUCGCUUGUAAUCACCUUGAAUGGCUGCAGUUGCACGAGACGGACCACAACUGGUCCCUACUCUCUAGUAACCGUUUGAAGAGGAUAGUCAGUGGCAUGCCAGAUGCAAAGGGUCAAUUCCCAUCUCUGGUCCUGUUCAUGGGUAGAGCCACCAAAAACGCUGCCUUAAGAGAGCUAUACCCAGAAAACAACAUUACCAGGCAUCGUAGCCAAGGCCUAGUCAACCUAAGAGCCGACAACAAGUCCCACGAUUCGGAGCAUCCGAUCCUGUUUGGCGAAAUAGACAUCGAUCGGCCCGCUGGCGAAAGCCACGGCUGCCAUGAGAUGACGCAGCUCAACAUGUCGUGGAGCAAAGGCCUCACGCAACGACAAACCGCGACGCGCAUCUUCGCUCGCUUGCUGCUUUCUUUCGUAAACGUGCUUUGCAUUUUCGCUGACGACUUCCCAAGACUUGCUGACAUAGCUGCAAGCGUGACUGAAUGGGCCGCCAUCGGCUCCGCGGGCCAUAUGGGCAAGCCGCGGCUCCUCAUUGUAACCAGGCACCCACAAGCUGUCGCAAGUAUGCACCUCUUGGCCGAUGUGUCCACCGUCUUCGCCGGGGUCGAGGUUGUCGAGCUCCGCCACGCACAGCAGCUGUCGCCAGCAGCGCUAUACAGUGGGCUACGCGCAUCGCUACUCGGGAUGCUCAGCAUAUCGCGUAGUGAUCGGAAGCAAGCAGGGGUUUUUUUCUCGGCGGUCCAUGUGGCGGCGCUCUUCGAGCGCGCGCUUGAGCGUGUGGCGGCGAAUCCAGAGCAGGAGCUCAACGCGAUUUUCCUGGCUAGAGUGUCAAACAGACUCGACCACGCCGGUUUCUUGCACCACCUGGAAGCUUUUCUGAAACUCUGUACUGGCGGCAGAAUUCCCUUGGAGACCAUCUCCCCUCAAUCUCACGUUCCAAACCUUCUUUUUGACCCCUACGCCGUGUUCCGAGUCGUUUACCGCAAGCUGUUCCGCCACGCGGCUGCUCAGGCGGUAAGGGGAUGCCGCACCGCUGCGCUAACGGCCCAGGUGGAACGUCACUUUGUUACGCUGGCCAAGGCCGUGGCAAAGCCACAAGCCACCGCCGCCGCCCUGCACCGCCAGACCAUGGCAUCCAUGACCGAGUACCUGACUCCCCUUAGAAGCAACACGACAUGGGGUUUGAUCGUACUUCUCAUGUUCUUGAAACGGCGCGAUGUCAACUUUUGUCUGUCUUCAUUCGAUACCCUGGCGACACGUGUUUUCCAGCCCCAGCGUUUCUCCAAAGCCCCUAUGUGCAGUUGGCUAUGCGAGUUCGUCAAAGCCAUCAUGGCAAACGGACGAUACGAUGUGACUGUCCUAGAGGACUGCCUCAAGCGCGUGUACGGCCGGAGGCAAAGGUUAUUCGACGCAGAACAAGGAGGCUUGUCGGGAAUAAAAGUUGCAGUAACAGGCCUAUCCACCAGCGAUGGGCGCCUCUGUCUUUUGACUAACUACAACGGCGGGCCACGCGCAGAAGAUCCCGGUUACAAACACGUCCGACCAGAGAACCCCGAAGAUGAAGUGUUGAUAUGUGACGCUGCUCAAGCUACCUCGGCAGCUCCGUCCAUCUUUCCGCCGAAAUACAUCCCCGCCCUCAGCUGCCAUCUCCAAGACGGAGGCAUCGGAGAGUUCAACAAUCCCAUCGACGCUGCCAAAUGGGAAGCACGACUCAUCUGGCCUGCCGCACAAGAACCUGACUUCGUUGUCUCCACCGGCACGGGCUAUGCCACCGCCCCGAGCCCAUCGACCUGGCUGCCAACAUGCCUCUCACGCACGUUCCUGCAUGGCAUCUGCAAGUCUAUCGAGUUCUCCUCAGAAAGUGAAAUGACAUUCAAGCGGCAUCUGCAGGGGGAAGCGGAACGGUCCAACAAGUUCCGCCUUACGCUGCCGCUCACUGACUUGCCGGCACUCGACGAUGCGCAGCGCGUACCGGAGCUGCGCGACAAGGCGCGCGCUCAAGCUCAAACAGAUUGCGAGAUCCAGACUAUCGUACAUGCCAUGCUGUGUACGCAAUUCUUCCUCGAGCUCGAUGCCCUUCCAACAUAUGUUGGCGGAAGCUGGGAGGCCCUGUGGGUGCGUGUCGAGGAGAAGGGGUAA